UAAUACAUUACCAAACGCAUCGAUUCAAUGAAACAACAACCAAUGCCUCUGACAGGAUUAGCAGCGUAACGUACACAUUACCGGAAUUACCAAAACACAGCGGUUAUAACUAACGAUUAAAGGUUUUAACUUUGCAAUGGCAGGAGACGAAAGUAUUUUUCUGCGAGCACAGGGUCGGAGCUUUUUGGGGCUGACAGAAGAUGAGCAGAAGGAGUGGAAUGGGCCCUUUUAUUUCAUCCAGGCUGCAGACCCACAACUUGGCCUGAUGAAGGCUUGGAGGAUUGGUGAUUGUGAUUCAGGAGGGGAUGAGUGGGCAGAGGAGGUCCAACUUACAAAGCAGGCGGUCCAGGCCAUCAACAAACUGGAACCCAGACCUCGCUUCCUUGUGCUGUGUGGAGACCUGGUCCAUGCUAUGCCUGGAAAUUCAUUCAGGGAAGAUCAAGUUAAGGAUCUGAAAGCAGCACUAAGAGGCAUUAACCCUGACAUUCCUCUUGUGUUUGUCAGCGGCAACCACGACCUUGGCAACGCACCCACUCCAGACACCGUAGAGCAGUUCUGUCGUGACUGGGGCGAUGAUUACUUUAGUUUUUGGAUUGGUGGGGUUUUGUGUUUGGUGCUGAACUCUCAGUUCUUCUUCGACUCAUCUGGCUGCCCUGAACUGGCGACGGCCCAUGACAUCUGGCUGGAGAAUCAGCUGCAGAGAGCCAUCCAGACUCCCUGCCAGCACGUACUCAUCUUCCAGCACAUUCCACUCUACCUCCGAACACCCGAGGAAGAGGACGACUACUUCAACCUGCAGAGGGGGAUCAGAGAGCGCCUGAUCCAAAGGUUCAAACAAGCAGGGAUCAAAGCUGUGUUCUCCGGUCACUACCACAGAAAUGCAGGAGGAUCGCAUGAUGGGCUGGAUAUGGUGGUGAGCUCAGCGAUUGGCUGUCAGUUAGGAGAUGACACGCAUGGUGUGAGGGUGGUGGUUGUUACAGAAGAUGGCAUCACACAUCGCUACCAUAGCCUGGACCAAUUGACUAAAAGAGGAAUGGAUGAAGACCUGAAGAAACUGCUGGCAUGAACCUUCAACCAACAGUACAUUAUUAGCAGUGAGUUAUGCUCGUAUGUCUGCACAGUACAACACCUUAAUAAAAAGUUUUAUGAUUUGGGAAACAAAAAUUUGAGUUCUCAUAUAAAUAGUUUGCAGUUUAUUUUUGAUUUAGUACUUCCCAAGGAAACUAUUUGACCUAAGAGGAGUUAACAUAUACUUUAAAAGGCAAAAUAAUAACUGUUACGCAAAUUAAUCUGUUCAAAAGUUUACAUCCCCUUUUUUCUGAAUAUUGCAUUAUUUAAGGCUUCCAGCUUUGUAAGGUUUGUUCACGAGUCCCUGUAUUGUCUUCUUGACAAACUAGGUCCUGUUGUUGGGUUUUCUUAAGAGCACCACAGAGGGUUUGAGUUUCCAAAAUUUUGAAUGUUACCAGUCAGCACUAUUUUGAUUGUUCCAAUUAAAGGUGCCAUGUGGGAUCUCUUGACGAAAGGAUCUCUUGACAAAAAUGCAAUGUAAUAUACAUAACUAUAUUAUCAGUGGUGUAUACAGACCUUACAUAAUGAACUGUAUUGUUUUUAUUACCUUAGAAUGAGUCAUUUUAUCUACAUACACCACUGGUAGCCCUAAACCAGGUGUCUCCAACCCUACAUACACAGCGGGUCUGCCGCUAAACUGGACCUUUAAGUGAAAGGUCUCGUACACACUGCAAACUUUUGGGAGUGACAACCGCAUUUAAAUGCGGAAGUGAAUCCCCUUAAUGUUUGUUACAUGCCUGUACGGAUCAAGAUGAUUGAUGAUUGACAUAGAGAUAACCAUAGCAACGUUAUGCCGUCUCGCGUGCUUAUCACUCACAGCUUUGACCAAAAUAAUUUAACAGCGUUAUGUUUUGCAGUAAACCUCCGUCUUGGUGUUGUGUAUUGUACGCAUUUUUGAGGCUGCUCCAUAGCGGGCUGUCUUGCAGUGUUGCCAGGUCCUCGUCUUUUUUUGUAUGUACAUACCAUUUUGACGCAUAACCGUUAAGGCUUUUGGUUCAUGAAGCGAUCAAGAUUUUGGUGUUAAUAAAGUGUGAAGGUGCCAGUCCCAAUAUUUUGAUCUUUGAGGUAAAUAAUUUGGAUUUAUUUCGGUUUAUUAUUGGAUUUUUCUUGUUUGCUGUUUUUUUCUUGCAAGAUCUGCCAACACUAGUCAGCAAACGCUCGUUCCUCUGUCAUUUUCUGCACGGCACAAACAGAAGACUUUUUCCCCUUUUAGGCAUUUAUUUUUU